AUGAUUCUCUUGUACCUGAAUCCGGACAUAAUUACUGCUUCGGCUGUGACCGAAAGCCAUAGCCACAGCGUGGUCAACCAGCUCAGCCGAGCCGUCCCCAGAGAUCCGAGCCAGAGGGCGAGCCCAGUCCUUAGCAGUCCAUCUCCUGAUCUGCUCGUACUCAAAGCUGCCUUCCAACAGCUGCCCAGCCCCAGUCCCUACCGAAAGGACCAAAAUGUCCUCAACCCCUCUCACAAACGGGAAUUCCUGCUUGUUGUGCAGCACGUGGGUUAUGGCAGCCGCCGCCGGGUUGCUCAUGGCUAUCCGCCCGUCCACCCCCACGCACCGGGUCGACCCGUCCACGGACCUCAAGCAGACCGGCCCAAACACGCCUGGCUCGGCCGACGUGGCCAGGCACACCUCCCAAAGGUUGAAAUCGUAGCUGUCGGACUCGAGCGCGUCCGCCCGCGAGAACAGAAACGGCGCAGAACUGGACAGAUCGUAGCAGGGGAUGAGGACUGGCUUCAGCGUGUCCUUCAGGGUCAGGAUCCGACCCGUUCGCCCGUCCUUGAACGCCCCUCUCAUCACCUUUUCCAGACCGGCCUCGCUGCCGCCGGUUUUCUUCAGGACACGCUUGAGGAACCCUCCGCGCUUCCUCGUGGCUCCGCAGAAUUUCUCGCCAUCAGUCGCGAGGAGGCGCCACGUGUCGUCCGCGUGGAAAAUCGGGCGGCUCCGGUCGCCCGAUGCGAAGAGCAUCGCCGUGAACACCCCGCCGACUCCGCUACCGGCGGCGACGUCGAAGUAGUCGGCGAUUCGGGCGUCCGGGAUGCUCCGCAUCCCACCGCCGUCCACGCUGAGUAUGCAUAUUUUUCCCCUCUGAUUCUUCAACUCCUGAACGCCGCCGUUGGAGGUGGGGGCGGCGGUGAUUUGCUUGGGGACCCAAAGCUUGCGGUCAUCGUAGCCGAAGAGGAACUUGCUCUCCAAGAUGGAGAAAAUCUCGUAGCUCAAUUUGUCUGUGUCGAUGCUCGGCUCCUCGCGCAAUUCCACCAUUGGAUUCUCCUUUUUCCCAUCGAUAUAAACUACGCCCGCCAUUUCCUUGGGUAA